CGCAACGAAGCCUCGUUUACUGUAAUCACGUGGUACGCACUCCGAAUCUCUGUUUCCGAAACAAAUGAUUCGCAAAGGUUUCGAAGCUUCACGUCGAUUUAAAGCGCCCAUCACUAAUUCCACGUUUAAAUCUGCAUCCCUUCGAAGGUCGAACCGAGCGUUGAUAAAUGAGAUGGUCUGACAUGGAGGAUUUCAUAUUUGUGGUCUAAAUGUUAAAAAUUCAAGGAAGUCCUGCAAUUUAAAAGGCUCAGAUGGAUGUGCACAAUAAAAAAACUCACCAGCAGAUGGAUGAUGCUACUGGUCCAAACAGCUCUCCUCACCAGAUUGUGUCGCAGUUCCGAAAUGAAAAUGAGAUUUUUGUACCAAGACUGAGAUGUACUGGAAAUAGCAUGAUGAAAGACAUGGAUCUUCAGGAUUCUUAUGAUCUCUAUGAUUCUACAUCAGAGAGUUCAGAUUCCUACAUUUCAGAUAUCUUUUCCGAAACUGACAGUGAAGAUAACCUCAUACCAGACCAGACAAAACUUCAGCUUCUUGAUGAAAUGGAUGUUGAUGAAUCUGGCUCAGCGAGUUCCCCCGUCUGCGACACAACGUCUGACCAAACAACCUUUGAUAGCCACAGUCUUACAUCUGAAGCGUCUGGAACAGCAGAAGAACCCUGUUCAAGUCAGAACACUAAAGACGGCAUAGUUGUUAGUGCAUACCAGAAAAGAGGAGGCAGCAGAGUGUACGACAAGAGACAUUACUGCUUGUAUUGCCAUAAGCCUUAUGCUAAGAUGGCAAGGCAUCUAGAAGGUUCACAUAAAAAAAAAUCUGAUGUGGCUAAAGCUCUAAGCUUUCCGAAGGGAUCCAAGGAGAGAAGAAAACUGCUAGAUUAUAUUCGCAACAGAGGAAACUAUGCUCACAAUGCCGCUGUUGUGAAAUCAGGCAAGGGAGAACUUGUGCCAUUUAAACGGCCACCUAAAGAAGCGCAGGCGGAUGAUUUCAUGCACUGUGUAUACUGUCAAGGGCUUUUUAUAAGAAAGGUCCUGUGGCGACAUAUGCGUUAUUGUAGACUUAAACCUCGCUCGGUCGCCCCCAAACCAGGAAAAUACCGUGUUCAGUCUUUGUGUAGAUACACAGGGCCUGUGCCUUCAAACAUAACUAAACAGCUCUGGGGAGUAAUAACCACCAUGACUCCUGACCCGAUCACGGAUAUAAUAAAAAAUGACAAAGUAAUUGUUGAUUUUGGACAGCACUUGUUAAACAAAGGUGGGAUAUCAGCCAAGAAUAAACAGGGCGUGCGAGAGAAGAUGCGAGAAUUGGGAAGGCUGCUUGACAACGCUAGGAGAGUCACCACCUUAAAAACAAUUAAAGAUUGUGUAAAUCCAAAGAAGUAUAUGGAGACUGUCAAAGCUGUCAAGUACACAUGUGGGUAUGACCUUGAAUCCGACAAGUUCUUGAUUCCAACACUCGCCACCAAGCUUGGGAAUUCCCUAGUUAAAGUAAACAAAGUCUUGAAAGCUCAGGGUUUACUCUCAAACAACAAAGAGCUUGUGAAGAAUGCCAGUGAGUUUCAAGAGAUCCAUGAGGAGAAGUGGAACGAGAUGAUCUCGGCUACAGCGUUGAGGAACAUCAGGGAAGCAAAGAGUAAUGUGCCCACUAUCAUGCCCUUUACUGAAGACGUCCAAAAGAUGCAUGCGUAUCUCAGUCAAGUGCGAGAUAAGUGGAACAGUUCCCUCUCUGAAAGUCCCUCUACUAAAGCCUGGAUGGAGCUGGCGAAGGUGUGUCUAGCACAGGUGAUUCUCUUUAACCGUCGCAGGGAAGCAGAGGUGGCGAACAUGCCUUUGUCUGCAUUUUUAUCAAGAGACACAUUUGACCCGCAUGUGGAUGUGGGCUGGGCGCUCUCCGAAGUGGAGAAAAUACUCUGCAGAAACUUCUCAAUGAUUGUCACCAGAGGAACGCAUGGUUGGCCCGUUCCAAUUCUUCUGACUCCACAAAUGUUGAGUGCCUUAGAACUUCUUGUUCAGCAGAGAGAGGCUUGUGGGGUUCUGAAAGACAAUGGGUUUUUGUUUGCAAGGCCAGAAGUCAUGACGCAUUUCCAAGGGUCAGACUGCCUCCGUGGCUUUGCAAAAGCAUGUGGUGCAAAGUUUCCCAAGUCACUGACGUCCACCAGACUGCGGAAGCAAGCCGCAACCCUUUCAACAGUGCUGAAUAUGACCGACACGGAGAUGGAGCAGCUCGCCAACUUUCUCGGACAUUACAUAAUAAUCCAUCGUGAGUUCUGUCGACUCCCUGAGAAGACCCUGCAUCUUGCCAAGAUCAGCAAAGUUUUAAUGGCUCUCGAGCAAGGAAGAUUAGCUGAGUUCCAUGGCAAGAACUGGGAUGAAAUUGGGAUCGAUCCUGACGAAAAAGUUGUGAACUGUGAUGAGGAAGACGGGCACAUACAGGAGGGACACUGUUCAUCUACUGUUUAUGGUAAAACUACCCAGAGGAAAAAACCCUGGCAGCAGACAGAGGUGCAGGCGGUGCAAAGGCACAUGAUGCAUUUCAUCACAUCUUGUACUGUACCAGCAAAGAGUGACUGUGAGAAGUGUUUAAAGGCCGAACCAGAAGCUCUACAGAACCGAGACUGGAAGAACCUGAAAUUCUUCAUAUAUAACCGCAUUACAGCUUAUAAAAAGAGUUUGCAGUGCAAAUAAUAUGAAGAUUACCAGCUCUGGUAGCAUGGCAGUUUUUGUAUACAUUUGCAUUUUUCCAUGUUUCUAAGUUGUUCCAGAGAUUCCUACUCUUCUGCUGAACAGGUCAAAACUCCAGCCAAACUUGUAGGAUAUUAAACUUUAUUGUUAGACCAGUAAUUUUCAGCUUGUGGCCUUUAUCAGUCAUCAUAAACAUACUGCAAACGUCAUUUCAAAUAGGUUACGUGUGAGGCAAAAAACAAACAAAUAACAACCAAAUAUUUACAUCCACACACAUAUUGUAAUACAAAAAUUCAAUAUCCUACAAGUUUUACUAGAGUUUUGACCUAUUUUUUGAUUAUAUUUUUAUGUCUACCUGAUUUUUUUAAAAUACUUUUUAGUAUAACGAUUUGUUUUGAGGUUCAUGCAACUUCAUUUGCUGAGUUCGUUUGUAAAGUUGAACUCCUUAAAAGUUAAAUUCA